UCCGGGGUCAUUCUCAUAGCAGCGCAAGCCGCGUUCGACAUGGCACAAGAUGGCUGGGCAGUCUUUAGACUCCUACCCAGGCUCCCAGCCAACGCUUCUUCACUACGGGUCGCGCAUUGGCGUCAGGUCAUGUGCCGAACAGCGAUACAUUGCAGCCUUCUGGGGAGAAGGCGACUUCUCAGUGGAGGUGUCCGGCUUUCAUCCGUUGCGUCAGGAUGCAGCAGACCCAGCCACGGAAUGUCCAUCUGAGUGGCUUCUUCUUCAGUUUCACAGCCACAAACAUCGCGGGCUGGUGCAUCUGGGAGACCAGGUUUGCUUUGUGCGAGAAUUAGGGGAGAAGCGAAGCUCAAAGGAGCGAUAUGCAUACCUAGCAUUGGAACCGACCGCUGAUGGCACAAUGGACCUGGUGGUCGAGAGGAGGGAGGUGUCUGAUAGCUGUUGUUGGACACUGCUGCACGCUGACGGUGACGUGGGUUCUCCUUUACAGUCACACAUGCCAUUGUUGAUCCGCGGCAAAUACAACGAUUGCCUCGCUUUGGGUUCCAACCUUCGAGGCGUAUCCCCAGCACGUGCCUCCGGUCGACAUCUCAUUUGCAAGGGACGUGAUGGUCGCGUCCCAGAUCUUCGCUUUCGCAUUGUGAAGGCCGGUAUUCCCUUGGAUGCCCGGGAGACCGGAGCAGAACACAUGGAAUACCCAGCUCCAGCGAUACUCGCUGAUGGAGACCUGGGACAGAAGAGCUUAGCAGCUCAGGAGCAUAUGCUUCUGGACGAUUUGCUGUUCUGCUUACAAGGAGUAGAGGGCGCCUACAUUCACAAGACCGACACUGCUGAGGGCGCACGUUUCACCAUUGAGAUUCCAGCAGGAGCAGAUGCAUCCACAGCUCAAUUCCUGCAGCAGAUGAUGCCGUUAUGCGAUCACCAUGCGUUCGUGGAGAUGUUUGUGGAGCAGCAGAGCAGACAUGAAUACGGUGCAGUGAAUCAUGCCUUAUGUUCUGCCUUGGGGGAGCUGCUGCGUGAGUUUGCCAUGAAGGUGAGUUAUUUGGAGCAAUCCUUGCAGAAUGGUGAGCUCAGUCUGGCGGAACUCUGGUACCGAUCGCAGCCAUCAAUGGACACAUUUGCAUUGCUGUAUCGCGUCACGUCACACGUGCAGGGCUUGAAGGGUGGUGCCGUUUUAAACGGUAUCGAAGAAGUCAUGAUGAAGACGGGUCUCACGUCAGCCCAAUCUCUCUGCGAAUUUCUACUUCAGAAGGCUUCACGACCAUAUUUCGAUAUGAUGUCGCUGUGGGUCUAUGAAGGGCGACUGGAAGACCCUUACAACGAAUUCUUUGUGUCUGAGAAUUUUCGACGUGAUGAGCAGACAAAGCGCACUGGACCUGCUGCUGACUUCUGGCAAAAGCAUUUCACAAUUGAUGAGAGGGCAGUGCCGCAGUUCUUGGCUUCGAGUCGCGAACGCAUUCUGCACGCCGGAAAGUAUCUCCAUGUUUUCUUUUCAGCAUCUCCAUCUGCGUCACUUCCUGAGCCGUUGGGUGGCCGUGUGCCCUUCCAAUACUCCCGCAAGCGACGAGAUUAUGCCGAGGCAAUCGAUUCCGCCUACCGCCGCUCAGCCACUGCCCUUUUGAACUUAUUCAUGCGACCGCAACCUGAAGGCUUGGACUUACCUGGACGCUUAAAAUCACUGCGAAGUUUCUUCUUCCUCAGCAAGGCAGAUUGGUUCGGCCACUUUCUGGACACUGCAGACUUGGAACGACCUGCAGAGGAGGUACCUUUAGCGAGGCUCGAUGGCUUGUUGGAUCUUGCGGUGCGAGCAUCAUCCAUGGCAGCAGACCCUUUCCGGGAAGACAUCUCUUGCGGCCUCCAUUCCUUUCGAGUUGAGGAUGCGUGCCAUCGCAUGGUCAAAGGUUCCCAUGAGGAAGACAAGGAGGAUGCAGCCUCUGUUGCCUCAGGAAUCUCAACAGUUGCAGGACUGGGCCUCGCAGGCGAGGGCUCCGGCGUUCGAAGCUUGACGCUGAAGUAUCGCACCGCAUGGCCGCUGUCCAUACUCUUCUCCAAGACCAUCCUGCUGAAAUAUCAGGUGAUCUUCCGGCAUUUACUGUAUUGCCGCUAUGUGGAGCGGAAGCUUGUGGAAGUCUGGGUGGACCAUCAAUAUACCAAAGAGUUGGGGUUGGAUUCGAGCUUCAGCCCGUACUACUCGUUGCGGCAGAGAAUGCUGCACUUUUGCCGAGACUACAUCUACUACGCUACCGUGGAGGUCCUAGAACCUCAAUCGCACGAGUUUCUGGCCUCACUCAGUGGCGCAGAGACGAUAGAUGAUGUGCUGUACCGACAUGAGCAAUUUCUAGAGGGUUGCUUGCGAGAAGUGCUGCUCACAGAACACGACAAUCUCUACAGGCACCUCUCGAAAGUUCUUCAGACCUGCCUGACUUUUGCGCACAACUUGCGGAGGUUUUCGCACAGCAUCGCUGGCGAGCCGAUUGAAGAGCCAGAGGAUGGCAAGACUCCAGCAGAGCGAAGGUUGACCAGGGUUCGGCACAGUACACAGAAAUACUUGGCACUCCUUUCACAGAGGCAUUAUUCCAAGAUGAUGGCCAAGUGGAAGACCAUCUUCGAAAGCCAGUUGCAAGCCUUCCUUCGACAAAUUCAGCAAGAGACGAAAGCUCGCUAUGAACACUUUCUGAAGAAUCUGGCAACACGCUUGGACUACAAUGAGUACUACUCCACCGUGCUGAGUUCAGGACCGGAGAUCUUUGCGCCACCUGAGCGAUGACGCCGAUGAAGCGAGGGCCGGGCCCGGCAACGGCGACGGCGAUCGGGAAAAGUGACCA